AUGGGCUUCCUCCAGGACUGGUUCAAUGGAGAGGCCAAGAAAAGCUAUGAGUCGGCGACAAAGCGUGCUGCGGCCUUCGAAGAGCAGCUAGAGACGCACCAGAAGCACAUGGCGGACGAGCGCGUCUUCGCCAACAUGCGGCCGGUGGAGAAAAAGGUGCCGUUUGCUGACCUGCCCUUCCACCCAGUGUACGAGCAGCGUAACAAGAUGUACCCGCAUCAGAUCUUCACGCGACGGCCGGCGGGCGACAGCUGA